AUGUGUGAGAGUAGCAAGAAAGGGAAACGGAAAUCGGAGGAUGAAACAGAAAAUGUGGAGAGUGAAGGAGAAAGAGAGGUGGCCUUAGCCUGGGGAGCGAAGCCAGAAGUUGAUCAUAAAGAGCAAUUAGCGUCAUCGCGGUUCCCAGCUGAUUUUAAAAUGUCUACUUCGUGUGGCAAGAAGAAGAAUAUUGAUAAUAGUCAAAGUCUUGUGUUACCUAGUACUUUGACCGUAAUGUUCAUCACUAGCUCCAGUAAUUCUGCCUCAACCUCUUAUCAUCAUCCAAUUUCUCAGUUUAAUUCUCAAAGUUCUUCAACUUUGAAUGGUGAAGCAAGCGAAUGGAAGGGAAAGAAGAAGGAGGAUAUUGGAAGUAUUGUGUUGCCUGAAACCUCUAUUUUCUACGGUCUCAGAACUGUUUCCACCAUAAUAUUUAGCAGCUCCGAAUCUGACACCAACGCUCCUAAUUCUGCAAUCUCUUAUGAUGAUCAAGCUAAUAAUGCUAACAGUUCUGCAUCUUUCAAUGCUCAAACAAUUGAAGUAAAAGAGUACACUGCCAGUAACCCAUCCAAGUGGAAGAGAGGAAAAAUUUUAGGGCAAGGAGCAUUUGGGCGUGUUUAUAAAGGAUUUAACAGUGAAACGGGGCAAAUAUGUGCAAUUAAAGAAGUCUUUUAUGCUGAUGAUGAUGACAGAUCAGAAAAAUGCCUUCAACAACUUUGUCAGGAGAAAAAUAUUCUCUCUCAGCUUUCACAUUCCAACAUCGUGAAAUAUUAUGGAAGACUUGCCUACUUGCAUAGCAGAAACAUAGUACACAGGGAUAUUAAAGGAGCUAAUAUACUGGUUAAUCCUUAUGGUGAAAUUAAACUGGCCGACUUUGGAAUGGCAAGAUAUGUAAAUUCUUCUUCUAAGAUGUAUUCUUUCAAGGGAACUCUAUAUUGGAUGGCUCCAGAGAUGGUGGACAACAAAAAUGGAUAUACUAUUGCUGUGGAUAUAUGGAGUUUAGGAUGUACAGUUCUAGAAAUGGCAACACAAAAACCUCCAUGGAGUCAAUAUAAAAGGGAAGUUGCAAUAGCAAAAAUUGGGAAUAGCAGAGACUUACCAACUAUUCCAAAUCAUCUUUCAGAUAACGCAAAGUCUUUUAUAAGAUUUUGCUUACAAAGAGAUCCAGAUGCUCGACCACCCGCACAUCAAUUACUUGAUCAUCCUUUUAUUAGAGAAUAUUAA